UUGUACCCAAAUUGUUCAGUAGUCCAGGGCAGCUAGUUCAGCUCGUCUAAUUCUCUUCACGCUUCAACGUUGACCGGGACGAUAUGGAGGAUAUCAGUCCUUACCUAUUUCGAUAUAAAGGUCAUGUCUUUGGAACAGAAUUGUCUACGCCUGAAAACAUCUUUUCACUCCAAACAUUUGAGAUAAGGGACAGCGAUAUUUUUCUGGUCACCUAUCCCAAGUCAGGCACUAUAUGGACUCAGCAGAUCGUCACGCUGCUCUGUGAAGCAGACCCUUCAAACGACAUUGUGUACGACAACAACUGGCACACAAUGCCGUGGCUGGAGAGUCCUCUGGACAUGCCCGACUACUCCUUGCGUCCCUCCCCCCGUUUAUUCACCUCUCACCUCACCCCCGCACUGAUGCCCCCUGGACUGGAGGUCAAGAGGCCAAAGGUUGUGUAUGUGAUGAGAAACCCAAAGGACAUUGUGGUCUCCUACUUUCACUUCUGCCACGCUACACCCAAACUGGAGACCCCCAAGAGCUUUGAGGACUUCUUGGAACAGUACCUGGAAGGAGCAGUUCUUGGCGCUUCCUGGUUUGAUCACAUCAGGGAAUGGUACUCAAAGAGAGAUCAGUACAACAUCCUGUUUUUGACGUAUGAGAACAUGAUCAAGGAUCUGAGGUCUGAGGUGCUGAAGAUCAGCAAGUUCCUCGGGAAGAACCUGGACAGUUCGGCCAUCGACCACGUGGUGGAGAGGGCCACCUUCAGGAACAUGAAAAAGGACCCCAAAGCCAACUACGAGUUCCUGCCCCAAGAACUGCUGGAUCGAGAGCGGGGACAAUUCCUUCGCAAAGGUACGGUCGGGGACUGGAAGAACACCUUCACCGUGGCCCAGAGUGAGCGCUUUGACCAGGUCUUCCAAGAGAGGAUGAGGGGCCUCCCACUGCAGUUCACGUGGGACAUUCACGAGCAUCCAUAGUGGUUGUUGAGGCCUACCAGUUUCAAGCAGAUACAGGCAAGCUAUCCCAGGAUUCUAUUGCAUCUAAAAGGCUGGAGGACUGGUGGACUCUAAUGGCUGCUGAUAUCUGGAAAAUCCUUCCCACUGUUCUUAGGAGUGGUGUGGGGGCUGAUUUGCAUUUGAAGGGUUGGAUGACUGAUUGGGAAUUAAAUUGAAACAAUGAAUGGUAAAACUAUCUCACCACAUACAGAAGAAGAGCUAAUAAUAAAAUACACUCUCAGUAAUAAAGGUAGGUAAAGUGCCUAAAAAGGUAAAAUUAUUUGUCACGGGGGCCUUAGCCAAUAGGUACAUACAAACCCCUAACCAGCAAUACAUAAUUACUUGGUGCCGGUUUUGCUUGGAAAACAUACUCAUUUGUCCCCAAAGAGAAUAUUUCUGCACUUUCAGGGAAAUCCUUGAGGAACAAAAAAUAUAGCUCCACUGAAACUAUUUGAGAGUAUAGCCUAGAAAGUCAAAGAGUGAUUUAACAAAUAGUACAGAUGAAUAUCCUAGGAGUUGGCUUAGCUUUUGCCUGCUGAUGUUUGUGCCAGAGGUUUUGGAAAAGUAAUAAAAGGUACUCAGACAAA